AUGAAACUGAAACAGAGAAAGAAGAGGAAAAAAAACAGGGCAUGUCCCUAUAUGACUUACCAUUUUUAAAAUAAGAAACAUUUAGUGAAACUGCGGAGUGAAGUUUUCUAUAGUUUCUGGCGGAUAACACCAAUGCUUCAUUUGUAAUGUUAAAUUUACAUCUAACAAUCACAAAUAUAGUCCUGAAAUUAAUAAAAGUCGACGCAAUGUGAUACUUUGAAUUACGCUGUGGUUUUCUGUCGUCAUUCGUGGCAAAGUUGACAGAUUAAAGAUGUUAAAACAUAGACUGUAGGGGUUCAAGCCUGUUUAUAUACAGUCUAUGGUUUAAGCCUGGUACUUGAAGGCAACACUUGCCCUUAGCAACCAAUGCAGGCGCUCAGUGUACCAUAGCAACCAUGGAGGGCGAGCUUUCGGUGAUGGAGGAAAAAGGCAAAGAGGUCACACAAAAAGAAGAAAAAGAACUCCUUUACAGCCGUGUCGAAGAACUAAAGUGUUCCAUUGCAGCUCUCCUGGCAGAGAAUAACAUGUUUGAACGGUUCAUCAGUCGCCUGGAUCCACAGGACCUGGUUUCCCAGGCUGGGGGAGAAGGUGCAGGGGCAGCAGGGGCCUCCCAUCUGGAGGGUGGGAGCCGUGGGCGGAGGCGGAAGUCACGUUCCUACAUAUCAGAUCGACUCCAGCAGCUGACCUUAGAACAGAAACUUUAUGUGGCACAGAGGGAAGUAACAGAGACACAACAAGACCAGGAAAAGCUCAAACAGAGAUAUGAGAGAAUCCAGGACAACUACAAGGCCUCUCUGGAAGAGGCAGAAUUACGUCUUGCAGAGAUCAGGAAGGCCAAGAAAGAGUUUGAACGCAGACUGCUCAAACCUAUGAAGGAAAACAGAUUGGAAAUAAAGGAGUCAGAGAAGGUGCUCCAGUACAUCCAAGACAAGUUUAAGGUCGCCCAGUUGGAAAAAUUAAAUCUGAAGAACCAGGCACUAAAGGUCCAGGAGAAGAAGCUCCAGCAGCAGCUUCAACAGAAAAAAGAGACGGGAAAAGCCGAGUACGAGGAAUUUUUCCAGGAGUACAGUGAGCAGAGAAUCGACAAAAAUCUGGAUGAACUUCAAGUCAACAGUUUGAAAGUACAACGUGUCCUCAGUUCACACAAGGAGAAGCUACAGAGUGUGACAUGGGAGUCUAAAGAGUUGAGCGAUGACAUCAACAACAGAAAGCAGAUGCUGGCAAAAAUUGAGGAGGAGAUACAGCAUGCUGAGGAGGAACGUUUAAAGGCAGAGGCCCUAAACCAGCACCUGCGCCGCCAGAUGUCAGAUUAUCAGGCUCCUGAUAUCACUGAGUACAUGCACGUCAAGGACAAAUACAAGAAGCUGCAGCAGAGCAUCCACACUUGGGAGAGGAAGGUUGGGAUUGCUGAGAUGGCCUUGAAGACCCACUCUAAAGCCUGGAGCAAACAGAGAGCCACUCUUACUCCUGCAAACAGUGCUGCAGCUGGAGUGAGGUCUGGGGAAGACCAAAUCCCAGUAAAGCUCCCAUACAUAGCAGAACACAACAUAUAGAGAAGCAGAGAAUUGAAAGGCCUGCAGGAUUCAUUAAAGGAUGAAUGGUCUGAAUGGAAUGAAUGGGAUGAAUGGGUGAAGGAUGGAAACUUUGCUACAGCUGCAAAUGCCUUGUUUCAUAAUAUUACAGUUAGUCAACAUUUGAUGAGUUGUCAUAACAACUUUGAUUCUUUCUUGUAAUGUUUGUUGGGGAAUGUAGAGAGAAAACAAUGUGCUGUUGGCUUAGAGGUUCCUCAUCCUGUUCAUUUUUUUCAGUCAUACUUAUUAUGUAUCAUUGAAUGCCUUUUACCAUGCAUCAUUACAAAGAAUGAAUUGUGCUGAUGUUCUUUAAGUAACAGCCCAAAUACAAUAAAUAAUAAAAAUAACCUUAUACUACAAAGAUAGUAUACCAUGGUUACAGUGUAUUCAAUCCAAUACAUACAAGUACCCAUACUUCAUAUGUUUAAUGUCUAAUAUAUGUUUCUUUAUAUAUUUAAAAUGUGCAGAUUUCUGAGCUGAGGUUGAAGUUACUCAAUAUAAAAAGUGGGGAAAAAAUCCACCUCAGACUCGACAAACUAUUUUCUUUAUUAGAAAGAAAUCCUUGGAGGUAUAAGCCCUCAAAGAACUCUAAAUGUUAUGAUGUUACAUGCCAUAUAUACAGUUAUAUACAUAAAAGUGCAAUGUCACAAUGGGUAAGCUGUUUAUUUAUUAUUAAUUCUGUCAUAUAACUGUUUGGAAAAUGGCAUCAUUACUUAUUCAUGUGUCUUCUUCCUGCACUGCAUUUCUCAAAAACACAGCAUCUGACAUGAAAAUGCAACAGGACAGGAUGUCUGCAGUUCUUCUAAAACAUUUUCAAAGGCACUUUCACAAGUACAUACUACAGAUGUACAUAACACCACAGAGUAGCUUAACGCCUACAGAUGGCAUAACUGAGUCCUACUGUUGAUGAUGUUACAUAGUGACAAAAGCACACAUUUUAUACAACUGGCUUCAUACUGUAGGUGGGACACCUGCAUCUCUGGAUAUUUAUUCUACAUCACUUGUUCUAAAUUGAAGUCAUUUCAACCCAGAAACACAACGAAUAUAACAACAAAGAUUAUAAAAAUAAUGAAA